CCUCCGCCCCGGCGCCCCCCCCGUGGCCGGACUCCCGGCGUGCCCCGCGCGGGGGGGGCCCCUCCCAGCCCCCCCCGCGCCCCGGACCCCCCCCCAAACCCCCCCUCCAGACCCCCAUGACCCCUCGGCCGGUGGGACCCCCCUCCCGCCCGCUUCCACCCCGUCCCCCCCCCCUCCCGGAGGUCGCCGAGCCCCCGCCGGGGGUCCCCGAGGCCGCCGCUGCCCCCCCGGGGGACCCCGAGAGCCCCGCGCCCCCCGGGGUGGGCGGGGGGGUCCCGGCGGGUCCUUUUCGCCGACGCUCUGGGGCUGCCCCUGACCCGCCUGCGGCAAUACCGGCCCCUGGGACCCCCGGGGGAGGGGGGCACCGGCGGGGGGGGGGGGGCGGGGGGGGACCCCCGGUAGGGGGGGGAGGGGGGCGCGGUGGGAGAGCCGCCCCCCCUCGGGAUCUGGAUGAGGCCUGGGAAGGCAGGCCCACAGGAGGCGGAGGAUGUGCAGCCCCCACCCCCCGAGCACAGCACAGAGCCUGACCCUGCCCCAACGCCCCCCCCGGAUUGCGGAGCAGCCCCCAGCACAGGGCGCCGAGGACGAGGCGGUGGCGCGGGAGCUGGAGCAGCUCUACCUGUCCCACCUGCGCCGGCUGCGGGGGGACCCCAACGACAGCGACCCCCCCCCCGAGAAACGGGGGGCCCCCCCUUCCCCGAGCGAGCCCCCAACACCUCGCUGGCCAACGAGAUGGCCCUGCGCUACGAGGGGGGGGGCCGGUGCAGCCCCCCGGUGCUGCUGGGGAGGGGGGGGGCCGGUGGAGGGGGCGCUGGUGGUGCCGGCGCGGCCCCCCCGGGGGGAGGGGGAGCAGUUUUGGGGGGGGCCCUCAGGGGGGUGCGGGGUGGUUUCUGGCCUUGGGCCGUGCUGGUGCCGGUGGCCUGGGGGGACGGGGGGGGCCCCACGGCCGCGCUGGCCCUGGGGCUUUACCUGGCGCUGGCCUGGCUCACGUGAGGUUUGGGGGGGGGGGGGGGGCGGGGGGGGUGGGAGCCCCAAUUGUCACCACCCAAAAAUUGUCACCUCCCAAAAAGUCACAGCACGCCCCCCCCCCCCCCCCCCCCACCAUUUCACCUUUGAAAACGUGGGACACCCCUAAAUCAGUGGGGGAAGGGGGGGGCGCACUGAGUUGCGGCGUGGGGGAGAUGGAAGGGCACCCCCCAAAUGGAAGGGGACCCCCAAAUUGCCGCCCCCUACACCCGGGGUGGGGGCACUGUCACUUUGUGGGACCCCCCCCCCCCGUCCCCAAGUCAUGUGCACCCCACCCGGGUUUUGGGGCGCCCCUGUGUACAUACCGCCAUGGAACGAUGGUGUCCCCGA